AUGUCGAGCGAGGAAGACAGGGGAAGUUUGAUUUCUAGCGUCCGUGGAAGGCUAUGCGUACUUUGUGGAAUUGGCUUUGCGUUGGUUUACGCUUUACGAGUGAACCUUUCAAUCGCAAUUGUAGCCAUGACGAAACCUAUUCCUCAGCCAUUGAAUAACGACACUCGUUGUCCAAUGCCACCACCGUCGAAUUCAUCUAACCAAGGCGAUUUCGACUGGGACGCUGAGACUCAAGGGAAAGUGCUCGGUGCGUUUUUCUAUGGCUAUGUAUCUACACAAAUUCUUGGAGGCAUUCUGGCUGAUAAAUAUGGCGCCGUGAAUUUGCUAGCUGGCGGACUUUUUUGCACCAGUUUCUUUUCGCUGUUCACAGAAGUUGCUGCUCGCCAAGGUCCAUGGUGGCUAUUUGCCCUUCGUUUGAUAGAAGGACUUGGCGAAGGAGUCACGUUUCCCGCUGCAGCGAGCUUCUGGACGCGAUGGUCACUUCCAGAAGAGCGGGCAAGAUUAAUGGGUCUUUCAUUAGCUGGGAGUCAGAUUGGAAACGUCUUAGGAAUUCCCUUGACGGGGCUUAUUGCUGAUAACUGGGGCUGGCCUUCAGUUUUCUAUUGGUUUGGUGCUGUUGGUUGUCUUUGGUGCAUUGCGUUCUUUAUUUAUGCGAGGAAUGAUCCUAAUGAUUGUCCAUGGAUCUCACCGGAAGAAAAACGAUUGCUUGUGAAGAGCAGACCAGCUAACCGUCAAGAAAAAAGGCCUAUUCCUUGGAAGAAAGUCUUCACUUGUCAACCUCUUCUUGCCCUUGCUGUAGCGCACGCGUCGUUCAACUGGGGUUUCUACGUCCUUUUCACUUGUCUACCAAAAUACAUGAAAGAAGUACUCGGUUUCGACCUGAAGCACAACGCAUACUACUCUGCUUUACCUUAUCUAACAAUUUGGGUGUUUAUGAAUGUCUCAACUCAGAUUGGGGACUAUCUUUUGAAAAAAGAGAUCGUCCGAAAACUCACAGUUCGAAAACUCUUCAAUACAUUGUCCACCUUCAUUCCCGCCAUAUUAUUCACCUUCAUCCCGUUCUUUGGCUGCGAUGGGAUAUCUGUUGUUAUUCUUAUUUGUGUCUGCUGUAUGUUCAAAUCUGGUCAUUAUGCUUCUGUUAACGUCAACCAUUCUGAUUUGGCUCCUCCAUUUACCGGGCUUCUAUUUGGAAUUACAAACAUGUUCGCGAAUGUUCCUGGAAUUCUAGCUCCGAUGCUAGUAGGCUCCUUUACGAAAGAAGAGUCUACGAUCUUCACAUGGUCUCGUGUCUGGUACGUUUCCGCCGCAAUUUAUACUUUUGGAGCUCUGUUCUAUCUUGUCUUUGGGAAAGCGGAAGUCCAGCCAUGGGCGAGGAAAAAGCAAAGAACAUCUACAAAUUCCGAAUCGGAGGAGUCCGACGAUACAAAUCAAAAUGACAGGCAACCACUUCUUGCUUCUGCAUAA